AUGUCAAACUGGAACUCUGGACCUGACGUCCAAGAUUUCGUCAUUGCCGACGAAGAACCAGCUCCACAAGCUUCAUCCAAUCAGGGCUCGACACAGCCACAACAAAAUACGUCCAGUUUCUGGGCUCCUAAAGUGGACCUUUCGUCUGCCUUCACUCCAUUCAUCAAAUCGUCCCAGUUCCAGGAAAACAACACUAUUAGAGAAAGCCAGUAUACUGGAGGCGAUACGUUAGACGAGCCAGUGUGGCAUACUUUGAAACGAGACUUGGCUCAGAUCGGUAGACGGUUGGCGGUGGUCGUAUGGCCUGCUCAGUUGAAACAAUUGGCAUACAAGAACCAGCAGAACUUGCUUAACUUUGCUUCUAAUAAUGGUGUUCGUAUUCCUUCUCAGCUUGCACACGCUACGCCUGUUCCAGAGGAUGACGAGGAGUCUGCUGGCCUGGAUGAGGUGACUGCUUUGGAUUGGGACUUGUGGGGUCCACUUACAUUCUCUUUGGCGUACUCGGUGACCAUGGGUCUUUUGGCGCCAAAGUCACAGACCAAUGUGGUGUUUUCGGGCACGUUUUCGUUUACUUGGUUGUUUUACUUGGUGGUGGGCUUGAACAUCCAGCUUUUGGGUGGAACCAUUUCUUUCUUGUCUGCUAUUUCAGCUACAGGUUAUUCGAUGUUUCCUUUGGUGGUUGGAGCUUUGGUCAAUGGCCUUUUGAUCAAAUGGCGUUUCCUUCGUUUAAUCAUCAUGUUUAUACUUAAUGCCUGGAGCGUUUAUGCCGCUACGAUGAGUCUACGUGGCAUUGAUGUAUGCCGUGCUUAG